GCGGGAUGUGCUCACUAACCAUCUGCCUGCAUGGCAUGGGUUAACGGAGCCUGUGGGAUUGUGCUUACCUAAACAAAACCACUGCAGUGAGGGGAAAAACAAUGGAUGGGUGGAGAUGAUCAGCCUGUGCAUUACAGCCAGUGCAGUCCGGCAGCAAUGACAGCCUGAAGGUUGCAGCAGCAUCGGGAUCUGCAUUCCAAGUGCACAGAUCUUACAGUCUGGAGCGAUUUUCUGGGGAGCUGCUCUUUAUUUGCUGAGCUAUGGCUGGUAACCAGGCCAGCCUGCAGGAUGAUCAGAGCAGGCACUGCAAGUUCUUAUCCUACAUGUUCUACCAGGCUGUGCGAGAUCACAAGCCUGUGUGGAUGCUGGAAGACAUGAGAACUAUGGAGUAUUUUUACUGGGAGGAAAAUGCCAGCUUAAGGACCUACUCACCUUCAGAAGCCCUUCUUUAUGCAGUGGUGCAUAACCACCUGCCUUAUGCUCAGUAUUUGCUGUCUCAUUUUCCAGAGGAGGCUCUCAAGGUGCCUGGGGAGCACUUCUGCUACUGCCCAUCCUCUGCUCCUCACCUGGCCAUGGCGGUCACAUACGACAGGAGAGAUAUCUUAGGGCUGAUCAUCAAAAUUGCACACAAGCUUCCCAGCUUGAACUCCUACAUCAACAGGACUGGCUGCUUUCAUCUGGAAGAUGGGAAAACCCCCCUGCACCUUGCCUGUGAGCUGCUGAGGUCAGAGACUGUCCUCAUCCUCCUCGGGAAUGGAGCUUCUCCCAGGAUAGAGGACAGUAAAGGGCUUACCCCACUGGAUGUCAUCCUGGAGCAGAUGUGGGACUCCAAAGUCAACGUGGCAUCAAAGAAGCUCUGCCUCGACUACCUCUUGCUCUUCAUGCCCAACCCACAGUUUAAGAUGCGGAAAGUUCUGCAGGAGCACCCAGACCACUGGACAGCUUUGCUGGGGGAAGACAAGUUCAACAGCCUCGUGGGGAACACGCCUGCUUCUUUAUACCUGCAAGCUAUGCAAACUAUUCUCCAGACUCUCCCCCCAUCCCACUUCCCUAGGAGCAUCCAGGAACUCCCCAUACCUCAGGCACUAAAGCCCUUGCCAUCGUAUGGCAAAAAGCUACCGACAAAAAACGUGACUCACAGUCGCUGGAUGUGCUGCCAGGGGUGACUGCAAGGGAAGAAGUAAACCACAUUUCACAGCUCUGCUGCAAGGCGGUGAUGAAUCAGAGGAGGAGGCUUGGCAGGGGUGAGCGGUAAUUUGGCUUGGACAUGUUCAUCUUUUCGGGUUGAAGUCCAGCUCGCAGCAGCUGAUGACAAAGCUGUUUACAGGGAAUGCAGCAGUGCCAGCAACGUGCUUUCCCUGUCUAGUUUGCAUGCAGCCAGCAAGCUCCUCUCUGUCCUAAGAUUUUCCUCUGUAAGGAGGAUUCCCUGUAAGGCUCCCAACACCAACUCCGACUGUUCCCAUCCGCCCAGCUGCUGCUGACCAUCCUUUACACCCGCUAUGCUUCCUCCCUUGGGGUAACAACCCGUCGACUCGCACAAACACAGACCUCCUGGCUCCUCUGCUGCCCUGCUUGAACACACCUCCACAAAGCCUGGCAGGUGACGGCCUCACAGGACUUGGACUCUGCCACCAACUGCACCCACUGAUCUCCUCAGCAUGGGCAAGCACACAGCAGCAAUAACCCCUGGAGUUUGUCCUUCAGCCUGUGCUUGCAUAGUAAGUGUUUGGUUUCAUGGAGGAAUGAGGAGAGGGGAAUUCUUUUUGCUGCUCUCACUCAGAUUACCUCCUUGCCUUCACAGUGGGAGAUUUACCUCUGAACUACAUCACCCCAAGAACGUGUUUCCCAGAGAUGUAAAUUGUCUGGCUUAUUUGCUUCAACUUUUCUUGCGUUUGAGAAUGAGAAGCUGUUAAUGAUUUAGCUGGCAGCUCUGCUGAGGCUGACAGUCAGGGCACAGGCGAGCAGCUAUGGCCACUGAGGGAGCCCUGGGCUGACGCACCCCUCCAAGCCGGUCUCAUCUAGGUACCACAUUUCUACCACUGUAGGUAGUUGUAGCCCACGCAGCAGCAGGCAGCAAGAGAGGAAUUUAAAUAGAAAUUUAAAGGGUCUAUUCCCUUCUGUGCGGGAAACAUUGUCAGAAGCAGAUGAUGCAACGACUGAAAUCCUGCCCACCCCUCAGAUGGUGAGUGCAUAUCCCUGAGUGAGUCACCCACACACAGCUGACAGGUUUAGCGCUUCCCAUGCAACCCCAUGUCUGCCUGGCCAGAACAGCAGCAAUGCCUUCGGAGAGGUCACAUUUGCCUGGCCAGAACAGCAGUAAUGCCUUCGGAGAGGUCACAUUUGCCUGGCCAGAACAGCAGCAAUGCCUUCGGAGAGGUCACAUUUGCCUGGCCAGAACAGCAGUAAUGCCUUCGGGGAGCUCAUAUUUGCCUGGCCAGAACAGCAGCAAUGCCUUUGGGGGUCUGGUAUCUGCCUGGCCAGAACAGCAGCAAUGUCUUCAGGGAGCUCACACCAUGUUUUGAUGCACCACUGCGCACAGCUUGCAAUGCAGAUGACAACACGAGGCUGUCGGAAUCCAGCUCCCAAGAUGCCCACAGUUAUCCCUAGCAUUUGGGAAGCUGCGCUGAAGCCAAGCAGCCAGGUUUCUCUGGGGGCAACUCCUAAAGGCCACCUGAGUUGGAAAAUCAAAGUCGUUUUUUCCAGACUGGGUCCCAGUUCAGCCCUAGUAAAGCAUCUUCGCAUGUUGCUGUGGGUCUCCUGUGAAGCAGCGGUUCAUUGCUAGUGGGAAGGGGUUUGAUGAAUCUGAUGAACACACAAAGCAAGCGAGUUGUGUUCUAAACGCCAGCUAUGCCACCCACGCCAUCAGAUGGGCAGAUUCCCCUGCAGAGCUGUGAGGAGGAGGAAUGAUUAACACAGAGUUGCCAGACUCACAAAAGAAAAGGAUUGGGGGGGCAGUAUGGCAAGAUCCCUCUGGGAAGAAGCUCCUACAGUUAAACAGAAAUAAGGAAAAUAGUGUGGAGAAUCCCCAAUCGCAGUACAAUCUACGAGAUGCAUAGAAGCCACCUCCUACUACCUUCUCCUGGAGCUCAGCUUAUGGAUCACAGCGGACAUCAGGUUCUGGUCUCAAACCGAGCCAGUAUAAUGCCCACACCAUCCCCUUUCCAGCUGAUGUCCAGCUCUAAAGGUUUCUUGUCUCACAUGGAAAGGGAUUGUCAUAAAGUCUCCAAACUGGUGUAAGCAGGCACUGGCAUAACUGGUUUGGCAACAUGGGUCCACCUCGCCGCUGCCUGCCCGCUUCCCAGCACUCCACCGAGUGAGCCCCAGCAAAGCGGGGUGAUGGUGCUGCCACACCCGUGCUGGUGCCAGCCAAGGGGACAGGACCUCUGGGAAUGGGAAUGAGUGAGCGACCAGACAGCAAACGUUGCUCCUUUCCAAAGGUGCUUUUAACUUCAACAGCAGGAGAUCUGUGAUGCAAACUGAACAGGGGAGAUCUCUACUAACGCUGAACCAACCGCUUCCCUCCCAGGCACCUAAGAAAUAGCCGCCUCCUCAGGCAAGGCUAGUAAGCUUUUGCCAGAGGAGGCUUCUGGAACAGGAGAGGAAGUUGACAAACAUUAGGGAAGGAAAUAAUCACUAGAGCUCACUGAAAAUUCAUGUUUCUGUUCCACCAAAGAUGGCAAUAUUGCAAAACAUGCUUUGAUUCUGAUUCAGAAUGAACACUCAAAAUAUCAAAACUGGCAUGAACUCAGUUUUCAAAAGAAAACUGACCCAGAUCUAUCAAAAUGUUUCUUAAAGAACAGCAAAAUUACGAUCAUGUUGUAAUAUUUUGCUUUUUCUUUUUAAUAUUUUAUCUUAUAUGUAGUGCUACUAAAAAUAAUGAAAAUAAGACUCAUUUA